AUGCAGACUGCUUCUACAAACAUUUGUGAAAGAAUGGGUCACUCUCAGGAGCUCAGUGAAUUCAAGCGUGGUACCGUGAUAGGUUGCAUUAAGUGUAUUAGGUUCAUCUGUGAAAUUUAUUUUCUACUAAAUAUUCCAUCGUCAACGGUUAGUGGUAUUAUAACAAAGUGGAAGCAACUGGGAACAACAGCAACUCAGCCACGAAGGGGUAGGCCACGUAAAAUGACAGAAGCGGGGUUAGCGCAUGCUGAAGCACACAGUUUGCAGAAGUCGCCAACUGUCUACAAAGUUGAUAGCUUAAGACUUCUACACUUCCUGUGGCCUUCAGAUUAGCACAACAACAGUGCAUAGAGAGCUUGAUGGAAUGGGUUUCCAUGGCAGAGCAGCUGCAUCUAAGCCUUACAUCACCAAGUGUAAUGCAAAGCAUUGGAUGCAGUGG